AUGGCGUUCAAUCGCGCUGGAGGUUUUUCAUUCCAGCAAGAACAGCCCUUUGUCGACGCACAAUUCGACAUUUUCGAAUGGCACGUGCAAUACCAGUCGUGCAUCCGCUACUUCCUUGACCACGCCCAAUACUCGGCCCCAGUCCAAGCUGUCGCCGCCUUUGUCAACAUCCAGCUGCCCUUUCAACGAUCCGUCCACCCUAUACUCGUAUCUCCACCAAGGAACAGCGCGCCUGGUGGAGGUCCAGCCUCGCGGUCGGCCGCAGCGGCCGGCGGGGCCGCCCAACCGGCAGCCUUUGUGACACUCGUGCCCUACAUCCGGCGGCUCAUCGCGACCGCCUUUGACUUUCCGGCAGUGCUACACGGCUUUUUCGGCGACGAUUGGAUGGCUGGAAUCGGCCCCAUCCAUGAAACCGAAAGACGAAAUUACCUCUUUGCCGCCAAAAGCGAUAACUGGCUCAAAGUCAAGGCCGACUACGACAUGGACGAGAACCAGACCGUACCCUUUCUACGGCCGCUGCAGAACGUGUCUGAAGACGAGAUUGUCAACGCCGAGACCACAUGGAGCGAGUGGCUGGCCAUGCAGGACUGGAUGCUGGGGCCACGUGCGCCCGGUGAUGUCGGUAGCAGUGGUGGUAGCAUACGCGGUCGGCGUGUCAAUAUAAAGCGGGAGGAAGACUGA